GGUGUUUGCGUGCUGGUAUGGAGUGUGUGAGUCCUCACUGGUGGGGUCCAGUGACGGCGGUCCUGCUGUUUCACACACUCUCCUGGUCCAGAACAGGCGCCAUCGAACCCGCCCCAAAAAUCGACGGACGGCACCGGUCGACCAUCACGCUGCAGGAGAACAUCACGCACCGGUUCAAAUGCCACUCCGACGGCUGGGACCCCCACGCGCCCCCCCUGCUGACCUGGUACCUCAACGGCCGACAGCAGAACGACCCGGGCCAAGAGCACGGGCACGGCCGCCCAGCGCUGACCCCGCCCCUGCAGGAGGGGUCGCGCGUGGUCCUGAGGCCCGUCUCGCGCUCGUAUCACAACAGCACCUUCGUCCUGCGCGCCAGGAAGUGGGACCGCGAGCUGGUGUGUACGGCGGCCAACCCGCACACAGGGGAGAGCUACAACGCCACGGUCACGCUCAACGUGCAGUUCCAGCCAGAGAUCCUAAGAGUCAAAGCUCACUACAGUGAGACCUCCGACCCUUCGGACCUCUCCCUGGUCCUCUUCGCCCUGGUACGAUCCAACCCCCCCGCCACCCUCACCUUCGUGGACCAGUCAGGCCAGAUGGUGGCCAACACCUCCGACCUCCUCGUCCUGGACGCUCGCAGCUACCCCUGGCUGGCCAAUCACACGCUGAAGGUCACACUCAGCAGCCUGUCGGGGAACGUCUCGAUGAACGCAAGCAACAGCGUGGGCACGGCCCAGAGCAACCUCACCCUAGCAGAGUUCCUGCAGUCCCGUGUGGAGGUGCCCAUGCUGGGUAUAGUCACAGGUGGGGCUAUGGCCUUCAUGGCUCUCCUCAUACUGAGCCUCAUAGUGCUUUGUCUCAUGCAAAAGAACAGCAAGGCCAUUGACGAGCCAGUGGAGAUCCUCAUGACCAAAAAGAGCACCUCAGCCAUACUGAAGACGGAGAAGGUGGACAAGGCCCAUCUUCCCAGGGAGAACAUGUCCCUACCCUCCAACAUGCAGCUCAACGACCUCUGCACGCUGCGUCGUGCCCGGGAGGCGGCGCGCGAGGCCGCCAAGCGGAGGAGCCUGGGGGAGGAGAGGAGGUGGCCGGUCGGGGGGGAGGACGACGACCUGACCGCAGCCUACGCCGCUCGAGGUUUCUCCAGGUACCCGAUGGUGGGCUACAUCUAUAAGGUCAACAGCACAAGCAGUGAGGAGAUCUGGCUCUGA